CAUGUUGUUCUGAGUGGAGUGGCGGCGACGCGCGCGGCUCCUACACUCUUUUCGGAUUUUAAGUGGUAAAACGGUGCCAGGCCGAGCCUGUAUGAUUAUGACUGCUAUCUAAUAUGGUAGUGAUCUGACCCGAGCGGGAAUAAUGUCGCAGAGCAGCACCCAGAGUAACGCGGACGACGAGUGGUGCUCUAACGACGAGCUUACUGACGAAGAGUACGAGAUCGACGAGUCGUCCUCCCUCGAGGACGACCUACCGUCUUCCACCUCCGGCGUCAGGCUCAAGAAGCACGUCAACAAGGGCCGCUGGACCAAGGACGAGGACGAGAAGCUGAAGUCGCUGCUGGAACAACACGGGGAGAAGUGGGAAGUGAUCGCUGGCUGCUUCCUUGACCGUAACGACGUUCAGUGUCAACAACGGUGGCACAAGGUGGUCAACCCCGAACUGGUCAAGGGUCCUUGGACCAAAGAGGAGGACGAGAAAGUGAUCGAGCUGGUGGAGAAGUAUGGCCCCAAGAGGUGGACGCUCAUUGCCAAACAUCUCAAGGGACGCAUCGGCAAGCAGUGUAGAGAGCGAUGGCACAAUCAUCUCAAUCCAGCCAUAAAGAAGAGUGCCUGGACAGAAGAGGAAGACCGCAUUAUUUAUGAGGCCCAUAAGCAGUGGGGUAACCAGUGGGCCAAGAUUGCCAAAUUGAUUCCUGGCAGGACUGACAAUGCAAUAAAGAACCAUUGGAAUUCGACCAUGCGACGCAAGUACGAAGCAGAGAUGACUGCAGCUGGACGCAAAAAGCCGCGUGGUGGAAGACACAGCUCUGGACAGACACCCCCCGUGAUGGCUUCUCCAGUGCCUCCACUUUCCCACUAUUCCCAGGAAUAUUUUCACAGACCAGAUGUUAUGGGUCCGCCCAUUAGUCACAGUGCUCCUCACCUGCCUUCACAAGUACCACCUGCUGCUGCUGCUGCUCCUCACAUAUACUCUGGUGGAGGGCCAUACUCUGCCACACCCCAGCACCACCAGGACUACCACGCUAAUACUCAGUAUGAGUUGCCUUCGGCCAUGCAUACACCCAUUCCCAUCAAUAACACGUCUCCCUAUGGUCAAGAGGCAUAUUCACAGAACUACUGGGAGCAGAAUAGCCCCUACAAUAAUAACUAUGGAGGAAGCAUGACCCAGUCCUCCCACCAGCAGACUCAAGCCCCCGUCACACCAAGCACCUCGGUGGACAGUCUGGGGACCCCUGGGGCCAACCAGGUGAGUAAAGCACUCCGCCAAUGCAAACCUGGUACAAUUUUGGACGUUAUGGGUAGGGCUGUCAAAAGUGAGGGAUGCUCACCUCCGCAGCUGGCUUCCCCAGGGACCAUCGUUGAUGAUCGUGGCUCGCCGGUUUCAGUCCAGGUGAGUACAUCGACGCCAACGCCGCCGCCGCCACCUGGCAUACCUACUCCGCCCCUGAGUCAGUAUGGUCAGUACCCUGCUCAGCCACAGCCCUUGUCUGUGUCGUCGUCGUCAUCACUAAGCCCACCCUUGAACCAGGGAUUCUUGCUCUCCCCUGACAAGACCAGCAUCUACAGUGACCUUGGUAUCAUCUCCCCCCUCAAAUAUUUUGACGAACUGGGCUCAUUGUCUCCGCUGAAGCAAGAACGGAGCUUGGAGGCCUUCAGAGCUGAAUUGGACAUGGGAGCCUUUGAGCUUUUGACCUGCAGUCCUGUCAAGGUUAAACAAGAGUUGCUGCAGGAUUUACCACAUCCGUCCCCUCUGGCCAUCAGCACGAGUGCUGCUGUCUCGUCCUCGUCGUGUUUCACCUCGUGUUCCUCGUCCACCACCACAACCUACACGGCUCCUCCUCUAUACAUCACAGCCUCCAGUGCUACAUGUCCUCCGUCUAACCAUAAUAUGAGUAUCAACAGCACGCACAAUGGGUCGUUCUCGUCUAUGAAUUCGUCACGUCUCUCUACGCCUCCCAUACUGAGACGGGGUCGUCGGAAGCAGCCAUCUCCCACAAAGAGACAUCAUCUGUCCAUUUUGGAUCCGAACGAGUCCCUGCUGACGACCCCACAGAAGAUGACUCCCGUGAAGACUGUACCGUUCAGUCCUUCUCAGUUCUUGAACAGUCCCAAUUUGUCAUUCGAGGAUGGCAACAUGACCUCUACACCAGUCCUCGGGGGAAUCCCAGUCUCUCAAUCUACGCCCGUCCAACCACUACCAUUAUCCAUACACAUUUCUAAUCACACGAUCACACCCUGCGAGCCCAGUAGUCAGCCUCGGACACCUAAAUCCCGUCGCGCUCUUCUCCAGUCUGCACCAAAAACUCCUACACCGUUAAAAAAUGCCUUGCGGGAAAUAGAGAAGAAGAGCGGUCCACUCAAGCAUCUGCCACAGACCCCAACACACCUUGAAGAUAUAACAGAGAUCAUACGCAAGGACACCGAGACGGAGCGCACCAAGUUUGAGACGCCUUCCAUGGCUAACCACAGCUUCCGAAACCAGAGUGUUUGUGAUAGUGGUUAUGGUACUUUGAAGCGCAAGGCCACUUCUGCCAUUGGCAAGGAAAACUCUCCUAGUAAAAAAGCUCGCAAGGCCCUCCUACACUCGUGGUCAACGCCAGGAGAAAUUCAGGUCCCUGGCUUCCGUGCAGAGUCUCUCACCCUAAUGCCAGAGACUCCGAGCAAGAGCCUGAUUGGCGACUCCUCCGUCCUGUUCUCGCCGCCCUCCAUCAUACGUGAUACUCUUCCAGAGGAAACCCACCCCCUUACUUCACCGUUGUUGCUGAUGGACAAGUCCACCAAAAAGCCGAGAGAUGGUGAAAUUGGAAUGGGGUGCGUCAAGCGGAUAACCUUCUCGGAGGGCCAGACCACCAAGGCGAACCUCUCGAAGCUGGAUGUGAGGUGGGAGAUGGUGGCGUGUGGCAAGACGGAGAACCAGCGUCGUCUGACCGAGCAAGCACGCCAGUUUGUCAACCAGAAUGCAGCACUAAAGCCACGUUCACUUAACCUGUAGAGUGACCUCUCAGUGGGACCACAGUAAGAAGCUAUUUGUAACCAGUUACGGGCCGGUGUGCUCGUUACCUACUGUCAUUGCCACGUAGGAUGGGGGGCACUGAACAUGGCAAGAAAACAAAGUAUAUCCAUAUGUUUUGUUUUUAACUUUCAUAGUACUAAGUGGGCAAAUAUAUAAUAUCAAAGCUUCAAAACAAAUUCAUCAUGAGUGUUCAGUUUGCUUCCUAUGUUAUAAUUCUGUACCACAAUUCUAGAAAUGGUAAUUUUCAUGAUUACCAUCUUGUCUUAAACUGGUAACUUUAAAAGCACUAUAAAGUGCCUGAGCAUUCUAUCUAGAAUGCAAUAUAUAUAAUAUUAAUAAAUAGUGGAACCAUUACACUAUUCAUUGUACAUUAGUUUGUGUGGUUAUGUGUGGUCCCCUGUUGAGGCUUCCCUACAUGGCUAAGGACACUACUUGAUUUUCUUCUUAUGGAGCAGGAGAAUAGUCUUCUAUUAUCUAAGAAUGAUUCGUGAAUUUUCCCGUGGGACAGUUGAAAACCUGCGCGUGUCCUACGGGAAUAAUAUCGUGGGUCGUGUCUUUUGAAGAGAAUGAAAGAAAGUUGUCCUGUUGUUUACUAGGAUGAAAAUCUCAUGCGAGAGGUGAUGUUGAAGGUCAGUUAUAUUAGCAAGGUUAGUGUGUAUAAGAGGAAGCUGCAUUGGUGAGGUGGACCAUUGUGAGACAAGUUGGAAAAGCUGGAGCUGUAGUGUGACAGCAAGUUAAAUUGACAUUAAACAUGCUUUUGUGAACAUGUAAUGUGAUUUUUUUUGUCUUUGCACUUGUCUCGCUCUGCAAGUCUUGCCAAUGUCUUCAUCUUUGCGUAGUAUGUUAUAGAAAAACCCAGUUAUUUUCAGACCAAAGUAUCGCUGGCGCGAGAAACAUUUGGCAAGGCCUCUCCCACUAAACUUGGGAGUGCCGCCAGACUUGAGCCAGCGUGUAAUAGUUAGGUAGAGACUGUGAAUGGGGUGUGAUAUAGGGUGACGUGUUUUUAUUUACUUAAUAAUAUACAAGCUUGGGUUGGAGGCCGGUAGGUGCAUCAGAUAUGUAAUCGUGUAUCAAUAUAAUGAACAAAGUAUUUAACACCAAUAAUCUCAUUAGCAUUGUAAAUAAGUUGUGGCUUUUCACUGGAACAACUUUGUGUUGGUCCCGUAUAACCCGCUGCCCUCGUGCCUCACUUGUGUAAAGGCUACAGCCACGGAACAAAUAUUUUUUACUCUGCUUGGCUUUUUCAGGAAGCUAUUAAUCAUUUCAUUAUGUUUUUGUUGGAAACUUAUAAUUUUAUGUUAAAUAUUUUAAGCCUUGUCUAUAUUUUCCCCUCAAGCCGACUGUUUAAAUGGCUUUAAUUCCCAUCAUCUCUUGUAUAUGAACUGUGUGUAACAUUUGCAGUUGGUAUUGAUAGAAUAUUAUUAUUUGCACCUAUUUUGUGUAAUAGAAAAUGGGACGGGCUGUGCUGGCAGUGCGUUCACUUCACUGUCGCAGGCAUCUGUUGCUGGCAACGCUGCAAGGCUUGAACUGUAUCGACUAGUACGGACUGCACAUAUUACCAUUACAUUCUCUCGUGUCAGAAUUGUAUUGUCUGUUCCACCAUCACAUAUCUUGUGUGUUAAAGUAUCUAGUACAGGUACUUUUGUUUUUUAAGAAUAAGGCUUUAAUGGAGCGCAUACUCUUGCUUGUGGUGAUCGUAAUACCAGCACAGUUUGUCCCAAACACUCCCAUAAUCCCAUAAUGUAGUAGUGUAGAAUACCAGCUAAGGAGAGGAAGCUCUAAAGUAUUUGCCUAAUGGGUUCUAUAUAUUUAAAAAAAAAAAAAAAAAUCUAAACAGUUUGCAUGAAGAGACCUGAGGAGCUGGGGGGGUGAAUCUAGUGUUAUGAUUGGUCUUGCACCUAGUACGAGAGGUGUUGUACUUCCCAUGGUGUUGGCUACAGCUAAUGCUAACUUUAUACAGUUUACUUCCAAACAAUAUGGUUUUAAAAGUAGUGUUUACAUAACUAAAAUGAGGCAUCAUAAUUUUUGGCAUUUCUACCAGCAUUUUAUGAUUUAUAUAAUUAUUGUACAGGAUGUGUGUAGCAAGAGAUGCUGUAGUUUAUUAAAAAUAUGUACUGUAUAUAACAUUACACGUCCGCCUAUACUGGGCACAAUGUCUCCCAAGAAACUGUCGUGUGUGUGUGUGUGUGUGUGUGUGUGUGUGUGUGUGUGUGUGUGUGUGUGUGUGUGUGCCGUUAAAUUAUGUUUAACAAAAAUAAAUCGGGAGUUGUAUAUAUACUGUCUUGAAUGUUUUAUCGGCAUUUCAAUUUGAUCAACUGUACCUAAUAAUAGGCUUAAUGAAGGUCUUAUAACUCUUAUUUCAAUUUUUUUUUAUAAUGUUACUUGUUUGCAGUGAAAAUGCAAAAAUGUAUGUGGCCUAAUAAUGUAUGACUAAAGUGGUAUGAACAUGCUAUUGCAUGAUUUUUUUUUAGUUGUGGCAGCGAUGCCGUCAUUAGCAUUGAGCUCCGUCUUUGCCCACCUUCUCCGAGUUUACUUACCUGUGAUACUACAUUCAAAAUUAAUGGCCUCACUAAUAGAUGUAGUUCAUGUUGCAGAGUGCACGUAAAUGUCAACACAUCCACACAUUGCUAACUGGGGAAAGUGACAACCUUUCCUCUGUCAUGGAUACUUCAUUAAGAGUUCACAUUUGAUGAUUGUCUUCCAUGAACCAACAACGUUAUAACUUAUUUCUAACGUGUGGGGUUUUGUUUCAGCCCAUUAUUGUGACUACUGAAAGCAUUACAUAAUUAAAAUUACUGUAAACAUAAUUCUGACUAUUACCAAUAGAACUCUUAUGAGGAUCCAAGAUUUUCCAAAGUGGAAGGUUCCAGUGUAGUUUACAAACAUAAUAUAUAUAUAUAUAUAUAUACACUUGCAUGUGACUUAUAUACUUUGACUUGAGCACAAUAGCUAUAUAAUAUAGAUACACUAGUGAUUUGCUUUUAGUUAGACAUCACAACUAUACAUUUCUGAUGAAUAUUUUGCCCCUGAAGACUCCCUUCUGAGGGUGUAGCCAGAGUAGGAAAGGCUCCAGGCAGUCCUGUAGAUGAUGUCCUCGUCUGUAUGUACAGCUCUGAAGGGCUGAGUUUAUUGAUAUUGAUCAUAUGGCAGGCGAGGAUGGCUGUCUCUUAACACUGUCUUCAUAUGAGUAAAUAGGCAGUAUGGCUGGUAGUACGUCCCAUUACUCGAUAUUUUUGUAGUCUUUAACGAGGACUUGACAUGGUGAGAGUGGCUGUAGGAUGGAAUGUGCAUAUGUACAAUUUACUCUGUAAAUUCAUGUUAAAUAGCCACUAAUUUUUUUUAUACUGAUGGCUGGGUUUUAGUGCUUUGGUCUGCAGUUCAUUGGUAGGCUUACUACCAUAGAAAAUUAAAUUGACGGCUAUGACUGCCACCGACAUUGUUAAUGAGUAAAUAUUACUUCUGUAUUGAUAGUGUGUUAUUCGUGCAUGAUCAUAAAUGGAGUAAUGUAGUGUGCGUGUUCCUCGUGGGCUAGAUCUUGAUGGGUAGCGAGCACAUGGAGUAUACAGCAAAAGUAGACUCAUCCCCCAAACUCCAUCAGUCUGCUCUCAAAAGCUAAAACGGGUGUAUUAUUGCGGCCAGAAAUGUAUGGCAGAGUUUAGUGGUUUGUUCAGUUGAUACGUGAUGUCACAAGUUUUUAUUUUAACCGGUUUUGUGAGAAUACUUUUAAAAUACUAAGUAAUUAAUUACUAUUAUACAUGUUCCUAAAAAAAAAAAUUGGAAUUUUAAUACUGAUCCAUUGUUUUGCAGCAAUUUUUUUUUCAACCCUAGGAUAAAGUAGAGGCCUAUGGGCUACAUUUGGUCAGAGUUUUCCAGUUUGUAACAUUAGUGUCGGCCUGUAGGUUUGUGGGCAAUAUUGGUCCUGUAGACACACAGUGCCAAGCCUCGUGCCCAGAGUAUGUUUAGGGGUGAGCACAUUGUUUAAUGUGCUCAGUGUGCAUUUGUCAUGGUGAUAUUUUAAACCUGUUUUCUUUAACUCAUUUUCAGAAAUACAUGAAGAUUGUUGUCAUAUACUGUAGAGUAUAACUUUAUUACUACUUCAAGCAGGCUAGGAAUAUCCCAUGACUUGUAGACGUGUCUAUUAGGAGAACUUUUGAAAUACAAAAAUGUGUAAAUAAGUGACUGUUGAUGCUUCUGGAGUCCACAAUGAACUUUCCUCUGUCCUAGUCAUCUUGACCCGCCAGCAUUUUUCAUUCAUUUAUAGUUUCACAUGCCGAUUGUUUUGAAGAUAUUCAGGACAUGUUAACGACGGGUGCAAAGUGUACACAUCAAUGAUGUAUAUUACUGCUUUAUAUCUGGUUGUUACCAUGUCCAUCCUCUGAUAUGCUGAACCAUAUUUUGAACUAUAUCUGUAUUGUGUUGCUGAGGGCAUAAUUGGUACCAAAUAUUAAAGCUUCUCUUAUGCGAGUGAUAAGUGAAUUAUAUUUAGGUAGGUCACAGCAUAUUAGCGGCAUAGGAUUUGUCCCAAGUGAAAUUUUGUUAUAACGGUCAAGGGUUACUUUGUACAAACUAUUGUUUAAUGCAAGUCUGUGCUUUAUUCAUAAUCAUAUUUAUGAAGGAAAAAAACACUUAGUACAGUCUGAUUGGCAGCUGUUUCUGGGGACCCAUUAGCUGACAGGUAAAUAACUAUUUAUUUCAUUAUUUUGCUGCUACAACUAUUUGGUUUAGAUUGAAAUUAAAUAAAUUGAAUCGGAA